AUGCAAUACUCGAAGUAUCUGCUAAUAUUGGCACUUAUCAUAGGUGUAACAGUGCAGUACACCCAAAGUGUUUCCUUUUUUCCCUCCAACAGUGCCUAUGGUAUUUUUGCCGCCCUUGCUGUCCCGCUGGAUCUGCCACAUCGCAAUGUUUUCAUUUCAUAUAAUUUUGAGGCAAAUUAUAAUUUACCACAAACCUGGGGUAUACCACCAUAUGCUACCGGUAUUGAAGAUGAAGAUUUGUUCGAGGUAGAAGGCAGAUUGAAUAGUGGCAAAGCGUGCAACACUAAUUGUACCACGACGUCUGCAGAAACGACGGCGGGUGAUGAAGAUGGAGAGGAGACGGAGGGUAAUACUAGUGCAGAAGAUUUGUCCACAGAAUCACCAUCAACUAAUGCGACCGAAACAGAAAGCCGCCGUCGUCGUCGCCGCAGAAGAAGAUCAAUGUCAUCGUUGUUAACACGCACCCAUUUCUAUAGGAUACUUAUUGAUAAGUUUGAGAGAAGUGGCUUCGAAGGUGAACCCUGCCUGCUGCGUUUGAUUUGUGAAACAAACUCUUCGGAAUUGGGUGAUAUUAACGGUGUCCUGGGCAGUAUAAUGCAUGUUAUGUUUUCGCCCACAACAUCGAGAAAUGAAAACUUACCGCUCCAGUAUUACCAGGCCGAAGUGGAUGGCAUUCAUGAUCAGUGUCAUCAUUAUGAGGAGGUUUGUUCACAGAGUAUACUGGAUUUAAUAUCAACGCCGGUCCACGAACUUAUUGAUAAUUUAAUGAACAAUAAAAUAUAA